AUGGACGUAGCUGUAUCAAUUCCUCCUCCUCCACCUCCACCACCUCCAUCAUUUUUUACUGCAACAAAUAUCUCACAAAUCCCACCACCCCCUCCACCGCCGCCAUCUUUUUUCACGGAAACAACUACGUCACCAAUACCGCCACCACCUCCUGCCCCACCGCUUCCACAAUCAGUUGCAACUGAAACAGUAACGACGACUACAGCCGUCACAACCGACGUACCUAAUCCAUCUAACAAUGAACGUAUUUGGCUACAUCCAUGGACAGUAAAUGAAAUGCGUGAUAAUGCAUCACAUUGGUCCUUAGCAGGCGAUGCAGGCUUAUUGUUGUAUCUUGAACAAUUCUCCGAUAAAUUAGUUCAACGAGCUGAUGCCAUUCAACAGCAUUUGAAUCAAACUGUGAAUGCUGUUAAAAGUACCCAUACUCGUGUACAAAAUUGUCUGAACGAAUUUACAUCGUUAGCGAAUACCCAAUUUAUUGAAAAUCGUGUCUAUGAUGAAGAUGAAACGGCAAGUGCGACGGACACAAAAAAAGAAGAGCAACCUGCUGACAAAACAAAUGUAAGCAAUGCUGAAGCACAAGAAAAGCUUUUACAACGUUUUGUCGAAGCCGUUCAAUGUGGUUUAGCCAUUCUUGAUACACACUUUGAACGUGUUGAUACUAAACUAGACGGUCUUCAAAAUGCUGGCGCAGCAGAUGUCGAUGAUGAAGAAGAUGGCGGAGUUCCUAUUGAACCUAUUCUUGAACCGAAAGAUCAGUAUAUCUAUCGACCAUUACCUUAUCUUAUUGGAACAACGGAAUUUAUACAUGAUGAUUACGUCGGCUUGGGGUAUUUAGUGGAAGUGCCCGAUGACGAACCCAUUGGUAUUGAUGAAAAGCCUGGCGGAAUUGAUUUGGCAAUAUCAACUUCUGAUGAUGAAAAGAGUGUAGUGAGCAACGAUGAUCUAGUUGAAACAUCCACUGUACCAAUCGUUCCGGCUGGUGCUAGUCGACCAGAUUAUGUGCCUCCAUUACAGCCAGCACCAGACAGUUCAUCCGGUACCGAUGACGACGAAGAUCCAUUUGCAGAGAAGACAGACCGCAAAUUUGAAUUUUUCCCUGAGAAGAAACCGCCUAUCAGUGAACAGUCUAAUCAUAAACAGGUUCCCACACCGAAAACAAACGGCUUUGAUUUCGACGGAGAUCAAGAGGAUGAAGAAGAUCCUCUAUUUGGCACAGUUCAGAAACCUGCUUUACCUGUUGCUGAGAGCAGACGAGAAGAUUUAUCUGAUAGUGAUCCCUCAGAAUCGGUUAAAUCUGACGAAGCUGAAAGUGAACCAAAGGCACCACCGAGUACUGAACAAAAGCAUUACUCCGCACUCGAAGAAGCAGUCUUACGUCGACGAAUAGCUAUGGGUGACCCCGAUGUACCAGAAGACGUUAAAGAAGCAUUGCUUAAAAACUCAGCGAAAGCUCCAAAUAAACCUUCUCCUUUAACUGGAACGAAGGUUACAACAAAGUCUAUAUCAGCAACGCCACCACCGACUACAGCUUCUAAUGCGCCACAGCAACGUCUAGCGACACCGGGAUUAUCAAUGAAUCAGACUCCGAACACAUCGAUUUUUGCAAAAUCUACUCGAGAGGAUGAUGACGACGAGGAGCCAGAUAUUUUCAGCUCUUCGUCGGCACCAAAAUCAUUCACGCCUGCUACAACAUCAUCAGCAGCUAAAACUAAAACGAAACCACCAAUAAAAGACGAUUUAUUCGGUAGUGACGCUUCAGAUAACGAUCCUGAUAUAUUUCCAGCGAAAAAGAAUGACAAACAACCGUCAUUGCCAACAAAACAAGUUGAUUCUAUUAUAAAACCACAAUCAACCAUGCCGCCCACAUCGAAGGCAACAAUCGAGGAGAGUGACAGUGAUGAAGAAGAGCUUUUUGGUGUUAAGAAAAACCUGUCUUUCCCAUCCGUCACUACAACAUUGGCCACUAAAACUGAAAUUAAAAAACCUAAAGAAUCAAGUUCUGACGAUGAUGGUGGACCUUUCGUUCCUUCGAUGACUGUCAAAUUACCAGUGAAUCCGAUAAAACCAGCUAAUGUAGAUCCUCUCUCUUCAACGAAGCUUUCAACACAAGAACAACCUAAGCAACCGGUUGUUUCCCCGCCUGCACCCUCAACUAUCGCAACAGCUAGAAAAACUACGCUCGAUGAUGAAACAGACAGCGAAGAUGAACUCUUCGGUUUGAAGAGCUCGAAAGCGAAAUCAAAACCAGCAUCAACGACUACAAAAAUUGUUAAAAAAACUGCUACUGAUUCCGAAUCCAGUGAUGAUCAAGAAUUGUUAAGUGGACCAAAACUAAAUACUAGUGUAGCAGCCGUAAAACCUUCAGAAGUUCCACCAUCAUCCACAAAAUCUGAUCAAGCAGAUAAGUCACUGAGUUCUUUAAAACCAGCGACAAUAGUGGUGCCUAAAUCCAAGCCUACACAAUCCUCUACCGAUAGCGACGAUGAUGACAAGGAAUUGUUUGGUACACCACAAUCUAAGCCUAAAGCACCUACAACUACCCCACAAACAGUGAAAGUCGAAAAACCUGCCGAUAAGAAAGAACCGUUUGCAUCACAACCAUCUGUUAAAACCACUAUUGAUGAAGAUCCAUUAUUAGUUAUUCAAAAAUCCAUCACUGAAACUAAACCGAAAUCAUCUACUGCUCCCAUUGUUUCGGCACCGAAGAAACCUCUUUCUGACAGCGAAGAUGAAAAUUUGUUCAAAGUAAGUCAACCGAAAGCAGCAGCAGCAGCAGCAUUGAGUGAAGAUAAAAAGCCAAGCGGUGUUAAAGCUCUUGCAGCCAGUUUAAAUAUAAAACCAAAUGCUUUUAUGCCAGGUGGUGCGCGCCCAAAGCCAUCUGUACCUGUAGAAGAACCAUUAGAAAAGUCGGUUGAUGAUGAACAACCGGUCGCACCUGUUGUGAAGAAAUCAGUGAAACUUGAUUCGGGCAGUGAAAGUGACAAUGAUUUGUUUAGUGGCAAAACAAAAGCCACGUCGAGUGUUGAACAAAAGGAGAAAGUAGAUGGAGACAGUAAACCCAAAAGUGCUCUGAUAAAAGAUCUUUCGUCUCGCAUGAAAAUACCAAUGAUGUCUCCGUCUAGUCCUCCAGCUAGACCAGUCUCUAGCGAGAAACCUGAUACAAAUGAGACAAAAGAAACGAUAGCAAACGAAGAACCAGUGGCUGAUAAGACGAUGUUGGAUAUUCUAAAGGACCGAACGAAAGUAGCUGUUAGAACACGAGCGCCACCAACUAGAAAGUCCCGUUUGGGUGGAGCAACAGCGGCGGCAACAAGUGCUACGAAUGUAUCUGAUGAUCUUUUCGGAACAUCUAGUUCAACGACUACGUCUAUUACCACUACUGUGACAUUACCUUCGCCUCCUCCUCCCGCUAUAACAAGUCCUGCUGUUCCUGCUGCCGUUCCAGUGAAACCUCCACCAGUACUUGUUACAGGUUUGCCAGAUGAGAUUGCUCCUAUUGCUGCUAUAUUCGAUAAACAGUCUAAUAUUAAAGAAAAGAAAAAGAUUUCGCUUUUUGAUUCUGAUGAUUCCGAUAUUGAUGAAUUGCUCUUUGGCUCGAGUAAAAAGACUAAAUCACCUGCUGUAUCUAAAUCCACUACUUCAUCAACUACGCCGAAAACAACGCCGAAAACUGCUGCCAGCUUAGCACUCGAUGAUGACGAUGAUUUUCUUUCAAAACGUCCCGUAAAGAAAACUCCGAAGCCACUCGAUAAUGAUGACAUUUUCGGUGAUAUUCAAACGAAAUCGCAACCGGCCAACAAAGCAAAAAAAGACUGGUCAAUCAUGAACAAAACAGGUACAGAUGAUAUUUUCAAUGAUAUAUCUGUGAAGUCUUCUACCACCGCAAAAUCAAAAUCUACGAGUGUCAAAAGCAAAGGCAAUCAGGAUAUCGAUGAUAUUUUUGACGAUCCCUUGAAUGUCACAUCGAAACGCUGA